UACACACGGCCAGUACGUUUGAGCGGUCGCGUAGCGCGGUCCCCAGUGCCUUAUCGAUUUUGAAUUUCGAAUUCGGAACUUCGAUGGUGCGGAGAAAAGUUUUGUAAAUAGUGCCAUAGAUUUAUAAACAUGGUCUGCAAAGUGACGCCUAGAAUUAAUAGUCCCACACGUCGAGGGAACAAUGAUUCGCAGGACGCACAGCAGAUGGCCGAUUAUGAAACUGCUCUGGAUUCAGCAGGAUACGGCCGGUUCAGCCGCAGCGCGCUCGGCGCGUGCGCCUGCGCAUUCUUCCAGACGGGCGUGCAGAACUGCGUCAUGUCGUAUGUGCUGCCAGCGGCGAAAUGUGAGCUGCAGCUGACGACGUACCAGGCUGGCCUGAUCAAUAUGGCUUUUAUGAGUGGUGGCGUAGCCAGUGCCUUCUUCUGGGGUAUUGUUGGCGACGUGUUCGGCAGACGCAACGUCCUGAGCACGACUCUACUGCUGGACGCUGUGAUCACACUGGCACAGAGUAUAGUACCAGAUUACAGGCUCCUUCUAGCUGCAAGAUCAAUUAAUGGCUUUCUUAUUGGUGGACCAUCAACGCUUGUGUUCACGUAUCUAUCAGACCUGGUGGGGGUGAAAAAGAGACAGUUUUACUUGAACAUCACCGGCAUGAGCUUCGUCGCAGCGUGGCUUAUACUACCAGCAUGUGCCUGGCUGGUGAUCCCGUUCAAAGCCGUCAACCACACGACCAUUAUACCCAUAUACUCCUGGCGCCUGUUCCUGGCCCUGGGCAGUCUUCCAGGAUUCGUGGGCGGCCUCUGGAUCCUCAAUCUGCCUGAGAGUCCAAGAUUGUUGUCAGAUACGAAUAGAAGCGACACAGCAUUGAAGCUACUGGCGAAAAUUCAUCGAGCGAAUUGUGGGAAGAAAGAGGAAUUUCGGAUAAAGAAGCUUAUUCAAGACAAUAUCCUAGUAACAAAGACAUUGAAUGGGGAGCAAAACAGAACGAAGGCGCUAUUCCUCGGCGUGAUGAAGGAUUUGAAGACUUUUGUCUCCAAGAGCUACGCGGUGAAGUCUAGUCUGAUACUAUUCGCUUUCUUUGCCAACAUGGCGGCCGGCUUUGGCCUAAAUCUAUGGAUUCCUGAGCUUCUACUAAGAAUGCAAGGCUCCUCAUGCAAGAGAGCUGGUCUCCCACAGAACGCAAGACUACAGAAUACCACCAACUUGUUAAGAGAAAGCAAACUCUUCGACGUUUCUGGAGCAGAGUUAGUGCCUAGAUAUAAUGACAGCAACUUUGAUCAUGACAGUCUGAGUUUUGGCUGUGGCGAGACUAUGGAUGAAGAUGUAUUUACAUCAGGAUUAAUAGUUGGCGCGUGUUGCGUCCUAGGAAAUGCUGCGUGCGCGUUCCUUGUAGCCCGAGGCGGUGCGCGUGGCGUGCGACGUGCUGCUGCCGCAUGCGCGCUGGCAUGCGCUUGCGCGUGCGCUUGUCUUGCUGCUUGUGCGUGUUCAUGCGCAUCGUCUAACAAGAUCGCCGUGGCCGCAGCUGCGGCGUUGAACGCUGCGUCUUUGAAUGGAAACGUUUUAUUGAUAAGGCUGCUAUUGCAUGCUUUACCAGCGAAAUUGAGUGGUCUUGGGGUGUGUUGGGGUGCGUGGUGGGGCCGAGCGGGCGGCGUGGCUUCUAACCUGGCAGUAGGAGUACUGCUUGACUUCUCCUGCCCAGCGCCUUUCAUCUCCGUAGCUGCUUUAUUAGCAAUAUCGAUCGGCGCCAUCAUGAUAAUCAAACUUGAAGAACAAGAAACCGGAGAAACUGAGGAAGACGAACAAGACAACGGGAAGAGCACAGGUCUAGACAGAUACAUAUCUACGCACAUGUAAGCUUAGAUAUAGAUAAACAUUGGAUACUUAAAUAAUAUGUGCCUUAAACGCCAUUUUCAACACAUAGCCAGGUAUUUUUAAAUAAUUCGCUGAAAAUAUGUCAGUUGAGUGAUAUUCAUAUAUCAAUACGAUAAGUUUUCCGUUGAUUCAAAAGCGUUUGUUUAAUUUUGAUAAACAAAGAAAUAAUUGCAAAUUUAAAUGUAAAUUAUAAAUAUUAUUCGUGUAAAUUAUAAAUAUUACAAUUAUGUCACUCAACAAAAUGGUCAUGACAAACUUAUUCUUUAAGAAAUUGGUGUAAAUAGAUAUAAAUAUAAUUAACUAGUUAAUUAGAUAUGAUAUUGAUUGGUUUUGUCCUGAAAUAUAAGAAGGAAUGUGAAAAAUAAAAUGCAUUUAUAUAAUUAUCAAAGGAGUAUUCAACAUCGAUAUGAAUUUAAAAACGCAAACUCAUAAAUCUAAGUACCUACCCAGAAGGGAUAUUAUUGCUUG